CACGAGCAGCCUGCACCAGUCAAUGAGCAGGUUCUCUUUCUCUACCCCCAUUUUUACAUAUACAUGCACUCACACAUUGGGCAACAGUCAUACACAGACUAUUGAAACGGCUAUUUUUCUUGUAGUCGCUAUUGCAGAGCCCUGUUUGGCUUUGCGUCUGUCAAGGCGAGAGGAUAGCAGACAUGGAAAGCCUGUGCUGUUUCAGCAAAUAUCACAAUGAACCAAAGGUAAAGAUGUCUCAGGUGAAGCAGGUUGGCCUGCUGGCCGCUGGAUGUCAGCCCUGGAAUAAAGACGUGUGUGCUGCCAGUGGGGACAGGUUUGCGUAUUGUGCCACGCUUGCUAUAUAUGUGUACCAACUUGAUCACAGAUAUAAUGAGUUUAAGCUGCGAGCGAUUAUGUCUGAACACAAGAAGACAAUCACGGCUAUUUCGUGGUGUCCACACAACCCUGAAGUGUUUGCUAGUGCAAGUGCUGAUAACCUGCUCAUUAUUUGGAACGUGGCCGAGCAGAAGGCCAUUACACGGCUAGAUAACACCAAAGGUAUCCCAGCUUCUCUAAGCUGGUGCUGGAAUGCAGGUGACAGCGUUGCGUUCGUAUCCCACCGGGGUCCUCUGUACAUUUGGUCCAUCUCUGGGCCUGACUCAGGAGUCACUGUGCAUAAGGAGGCUCACAGUUUCCUCUCGGAUAUCUGCCUGUUCCGCUGGCAUCCAUUGAAGAAGGGAAAAGUGGUGUUUGGACACACUGAUGGCAGUCUGUCCGUCUUUCAACCAGGCUCAAAGAAUCAAAAGCACGUACUGCGGCCCGAGUCGUUAGAAGGCACAGAUGAGGAAGACCCCAUCACAGCUCUGGAGUGGGACCCUCUCAGCACAGACUACCUACUGGUGGCCAACAUGCACAAUGGCAUUAGACUGCUGGACUCUGAGUCUCUAUGCUGCAUCACUACCUUUAGUUUCCCCAGUGCUGCUGCCUCCGUGCAGUGUCUGGCCUGGGUGCCCAGUGCCCCUGGCAUGUUUAUCACAGGGGAUUCUCAAGUUGGUGUGCUAAGAGUUUGGAACGUAUCAAGAGCGACACCUCUGGAUAACUUUAAACUGAAGAAAACCGGCUUCCAUGCACUUCAUGUUUUAAAUUCCCCGCCAGCAAAGAAAUCCUUUAGCUCGAACUCCCCUUCCAAGAAUCACUACACCUCCUCCACUAGCGAGGCUGUGCCUCCACCUACUCUUUCACAGAACCAGGCCUUCUCCCUCCCACCCGGGCACGCUGUCUGUUGUUUCAUGGAUGGGGGAGUUGGACUGUAUGACAUGGGUGCCAAAAAGUGGGACUUCCUGCGGGAUCUGGGUCAUGUUGAAACUAUCUUCGACUGCAAAUUCAAGCCAGAUGACCCAAACAUUUUAGCUACAGCUUCAUUUGAUGGGACGAUAAAAGUCUGGGAUAUAAACACCUUAACUGCUGUGUACACAUCUCCGGGAAAUGAGGGAGUGGUGUACUCUCUGUCCUGGGCCCCUGGAGACUUGAACUGCAUAGCAGGAGCUACGUCAAGAAAUGGCGCCUUUAUUUGGGAUGUUAAAAAGGGAAAAAUGAUCACAAGAUUUAAUGAGCAUGGGAAGAAUGGUAUUUUUUGUGUUGCUUGGAGUCAUAAGGAUUCCAAAAGAAUAGCCACAUGCAGUGGAGAUGGAUUUUGCAUAAUUCGAACCAUUGACGGCAAAGUGUUGCACAAAUACAAACAUCCAGCAGCAGUGUUUGGCUGUGACUGGAGUCAAAAUAACAAAGAUAUGAUUGCCACUGGCUGUGAAGACAAGAAUGUUCGAGUCUAUUACUUGGCCACCAGUUCAGACCAGCCACUAAAAGUCUUUACAGGUCACACAGCCAAAGUAUUCCAUGUGCGUUGGUCACCUCUCAGAGAGGGCAUACUGUGCAGUGGCUCAGAUGAUGGGACUGUCCGUAUCUGGGAUUAUACCCAAGAUGCUUGCAUUAACGUGCUGAGUGGCCACACUGCUCCAGUUCGGGGUCUCAUGUGGAACACAGAGGUGCCGUACCUUUUGACCUCAGGGAGCUGGGACUACACCAUCCGUGUCUGGGACACCAGAGAUGGCACCUGUCUAGACACUGUAUAUGACCAUGGAGCUGAUGUCUAUGGUCUAACAUGUCACCCCAGCCGUCCAUUUACCAUGGCUUCCUGCUCCAGAGAUUCCACGGUCAGACUUUGGUCACUCACUCCUCUAAUUGCUCCCUUAGUGGUCAACAUCCUUACUGACCACAGCUGGGAUGACAUCAUUGGCAGCACAGAUCGCGCUAUGGUUCCUGGAGCCCAUCCCCUCCUGUGUGGAAAAGUGUCCAGAGAUAUUAAACAGGAGCUGGAUAAACUCUCUAGCGACGUGCGCAUGAAGAAGCUCAGAUGGUUCUCUGAGUGUUUCUCACCACCUGGAGGGAGUCAUAACCUGUGGGAUCUGGUUGCUGUAAUCAACGGACAGGAUGAUAGUCUUCUUCCACAGAACUAUGGGCAGGGCAUCAUGCAUAUGAAACACCUGGUUCGCUUCAAAACCUCUGAAGCACAAGAGCUGACCAUAGUAAAGAUGUCAAAGUUUGGGGGUGGUAUUGGAGCCCCUAGUAAAGAGGAAAGGCUCAAGAAUGCAGCAGAAAUACAUAUCAGACUGGGACAAAUCCAAAGAUAUUGUGAGCUUAUGGUGGAACUGGGAGAGUGGGAGAAGGCUCUUUCUGUGGCCCCUGGUGUCUCCAUGAAAUACUGGAAAAAGCUCAUGCAAAGGAGAGCAGACCAGCUCAUGCAAGAAGGCAAUGAUGAUGUCAUCCCAUACUGCAUCGCCACUGGUGAGGUGAAAAAGCUAGUGAAUUUCUUCACCUCUAGAGGUCAGCUGAAGGAAGCUGUGCUGGUGGCUCAGGGUGCUUGUGAAGGCAAUAUCCAUGGCCCUCAGAUCACAUCUAUAAACCAUGCCGCAAACUCAGACAAUGACAACAUAGAAAAAUACUGCGGGAUGUUGCACAGAGUAUGUAAAGAGCUGGCUGAGUGGUAUUUCCAAGAUGGCCGUGCUGUGUUGGCAGCUUGCUGUCAUCUAGCUGUAGACAACACAGAACUGGCUAUGGCAUCUCUGAUCAGAGGCAAUGAGCUGGAGCUGGCAGUGUGUGUGGGCACAGUCCUGGGAGAAUCAGCCUGUAAAGCCACCCACUACGUUCUGGAGCUCUUGGCCAGGAAAUACAUGACCACUGCCACCUGCUUUCCAUCUGUGGCAUACAGGGAUCUUGCAGCCAGAUUACUUCAGAUGAUCCCUGAUAACGAGAUCUUGUUAGCCAAACUGUGUGCCUUCUACCCUGGCAGCUCAGCCGAAAUCAACGACCUGCACGACAAGUGUGGUCUACCGACUUUAGAAGAAUGUAAAGAGCUUGCUGAGAAUACACAUGCUGAGGGAGAAAUCUUCCAAGCAGUAAAGUAUUACCUCCUGAGCACAGAACCAGAAAAGGCUCUUCCCAUCGGGAUCACAUUUGUCAAAGAGCAGCUGAGCUCUCCUGACUGGGCGAUGGACUCAGUGUUCCACAUCCUAGACCUGCUGAGCUACAUCAGAACAGACCAUCUUAUUCUUCCAAAGUGUAGUGAAGACCGCAAUGAGUUGCUUAUUCUCUGUGGGUAUAUUGGUGCACUAUUAGCCAUUGGGAGACAGUAUUCAAGUAUAGUGCCAGCACUGUAUGAAUAUACAAGUCAGCUGCUGAAGAGAAGAGAGGUGGCUGUACCACUGCAGAUAGAGCAGUUGUCUGUAGAGUUGGAGGCCUGGAGAGCCUGCACACAAUCCCUCAAAGCGGCAGAUGACACCUCAUACGCGCCACCAUCUGAGGCCCAGAAAACGGAGUACAGUCAGCUGUUGAGUCGGAUGAGAGAGGAGCCCAUCAAGGGCCUAGAGGGUCCAGACUAUGUCACUGGCUCCAACUUGCCCAGCCACUCUGACGUCCAGAUUUCCUGCUUCACUGGCCUCAGGAUACAGGGUCCAGCGUUCUUCCUGGAAGAUGGCAAAUCAGCCAUUUCACUAAAUGAUGCCCUGAUGUGGGCGAAAGUGAACCCUUUUUCUCCAUUAGGGACGGGUAUACGCCUCAACCCCUUCUGAGCACAAAUACAACAAAUGUUAGCAGUAUUUUGCCUGGUCUGGCUAUGUAAUGUCAGCGUUUGGAAAGGCGACAACAUUCCUGUUUUUUCUCAGAAAGUAUAUGUCAUAAAACAGCAGAAUGCCUAAUUGUUCAAAUCAUUUUUUUUUUUUAAGUUUUGCCAUUCCAUGCUGUGCUUAUUACAUUCAGGAUUGCAGUUCAUAUGCAAAGAAUCACAGCAAAAUGCUGCUGUCGUGAUUAUACAGUACACAAGGCCACAAGUAAGAUGCACAGCACAAAUGCAAGUCUGAUAUGUAUACAUGUCGACAAGAAAUGCACAGACUGAUGCACUACUAUCAUAGGCAAGCAAAGUAAGAUGAAAAUUAGAGCACCAGAACUACCUGUUAAAUCUCUAUAAAGGGAGAUUUAUGCUGGAUACAGUAAUGAAUGUUACAUAUGAAGCAGGAUAUUUAAUGCCUUUCUUCCUCAUCCUAAAUCACAAGCGGGGUCAGGUAUUCGGGUUUAGGUGUUAUGUCCAGGUCUUAGGGUUGUGGCCUAUAGCUCAAAGAUUGUAAAUCUAGUUGGUUUAGUUGGCACUGUCAGUGGUAUUAUGGAGUAUAAACAAUUGCAUUAAGCAGUCUGAAUGUUUUGUAACUUUUAUUUCAAGACUUGAGUACAGGGCAUUCG